UUCGUCGACGUACUUUGCUCACAGCGACGGCGGCGGUUUGUGUAGACGGUCAACUGUCGAUACACUCGUGUAGUGUACAUACGUUCGAAAUUCAAACAUGGUGUUCAACUCGGCGGGUAAAAUAAAUGCGGGGAUAGUGUCAUCGUGCGUUGUUGGAUUUGCAUUAUCCUAUUAUGCGUACGUCGUUGAGACAUCGAAGGAACACGACAGUUCAUACGAAGCCAUGUGUGAUAUCAGCGAACAUAUCAGUUGCACCAAAGCCUUCAUGUCUGAAUAUGGAAAAGGAUUUGGCAUCAUUCCAAAGAGUUCGCCGCUCUAUUUUCCCAACAGUGUCUAUGGACUGGUCUUUUUCGUGAAUUUCGCAGUACUAAGUGUUUCCAAUACGCUGGCUGCAACUACAAUGCUCUUGAUUUUGGGGGUCCUGGCAAACAUGGGAUCAGUUUAUCUCGCCGUUAUCCUCUACAAGUUGCAGGACAUAUGCGUCGUCUGCGUUAGUACUUACUUGGUCAAUGCCGCUAAUUUAACUCUUGCGAUCCGUAAAUUUAAUCUUUUGUCUGGAGGCAGUCCAAAGAAAAAAAAGGCCACCUAAUGAGCUACUAUACUGCCUUAAACCAACACGUUCAGGUGUAAGAUGAUUACAAGUUUGAGAAAAGAUUGAAGGUAAAAAAAAUAUUGAAUAUUUUAUUGACUUAUUAUGUUGUACAUAUACUCGGUCUGUACAUAGAUACAUAUUUCUCUUCAAAAACCUAUCAAACCACUUCAUAUUAAUUGCAUUUAGUCAUUUCAAUUGAAAGAUAUUGAAACUGGAAUUAUUAGAGAAUAACUUCACCAAUAAUUCGUUACUCUCACUUUUAUUUUACUAUUACGCCAAGAAAUAUUCAAUGAAUCAUGAAAUUGGAUGUCUACAACUAAACGUAAUAUAGAGUAGCCUUUGAUAUUGCAAUUUGAUAUGACAUAUAUUACGAGUAUUAAACACAGUACAUGAUUAAUAAUUUAAAAAUUUGGUUAGUACACAAUUGAUAUAUCUAAAGAUAUCCGAGUAUGUAUCGAUAUUGGGUGAAUAUAUCUAUACACAAUGACGGUCGUUACAUUUCUUGCUAUUAUUAAUUGAGUAUUGGCUUGGUCAUGAAAUACAGUUCUUACUAAAAACGAAUAUCGACUAAUGUGAAGAUACAACAAAGUAGAAAUAAUUUAUCGUGCAUGCAUUGAUACUGUUCAUUUACUAAAGAGACUUGGAUUCAGAACAAAAGCUAUUGUUACAGUACCCAAUUUCUCCACACAUCUUUUAUGUAAAUUAUUCAGCAACUAUGUUAAUCCUUCAAUUCUAAAUACUUUAAACAUUAUUAUU